CUCAAGCGCCACGGGCGAGACCUGACGCUGGAGGCUGCAGAGGGCCGGCUGGACCCGCUGAUCGGGCGGCAUGAUGUGCUCGAGCGCACGAUGCAGGUGCUGCUGCGCCGCACCAAGAACAACCCUGUGCUGAUUGGGGACCCUGGGGUGGGCAAGACUGCGGUGGCUGAGGGCAUCGCGCAGCUGAUUGUGUCGCCCGCAGCACCGCCGGGGCUGGCGGGCCGAGCGCUCAUCGCUGUGGAUGUGGGGUCACUAGUGGCGGGCACACAGUACCGCGGCGCCUUUGAGGAGCGGCUCACGUCUCUGCUGCGGGAGGUGCACAUGGCUGCUGGGCGGGUGAUUCUGUUCAUCGAUGAGCUGCAUAUGCUGAUGGAUGCGGGGAGGGUGGAGGGAGGCAUGAACGCAGCCAACCUGCUGAAGCCGGCGCUGGCGCGCGGCGACCUGCACUGCCUGGGCGCCACCACUGUGGAGGAGUACCGCAAGCAUAUCGAGCAGGACGGCGCCUUUGCGCGGCGGUUCCAGCCAGUAAUGGUGGAGGAGCCGACCCCAGAGGAGGCGGUGACGUGGCUGCGGGGCCUGAGGGGGCGGUACGAGCGGUACCACGGCGUUCGCUUCACAGACGCCGCGCUCAGCACAGCCGUGCGAGCAGCGCAGCAAUACAUCCCCGACCGCCGCCUGCCCGACAGCGCCAUCGAUGUGAUCGAUGAGGCCGCGGCACGGGCCCGCCUGCAUGCCGGAGCAGCGGCGGCGGCGGCGGCGGCAGCAGCGGCGACCCAGGCGCACGCGGCGGCGGCACUCGGCAGGUCGGGGGCAGGCGUGCAGGGGGUUGCACCGUUGUACAGCAGUGGCAGCGGGAGCUGGGAGGAGAAUCAGCGGCUGAUGGAGUGGCUGAGCGCUGUGCGGCAGCAGUCGGAAGCAGGGCCUCAGCUGCCAGCGGCAGCAGCAGCAGGAGGGCCACCGGCAGGCCCACUGCACAGCAGCAGCAGCGGCGGUGUCGGCAGCGGCGGCAGUCGUGGCAGCGCUGGUCCCUUGGUGGUCGACUCGGCAGAUGUGCUGUCGGUUGUGGCAGAGGCCAGCGGCAUCCCCUCAGAGCACCUCUCCCAGUCUGACUGGCAGUCGCUGUCCAGCCUGGAGGCACGCAUGCGCCUGCACCUGGCAGGACAGCACGCGGCGGUGGCGGCCGUGGUGGGCGCGGUGCGGCUGGGGCGCUUGGGCCUGCAGCGCGGCAAGCGGCCGCUAGCCAGCCUGCUGCUGACGGGACCUCCGGGAGUGGGCAAGGCCACGCUGUGCCAGGCGCUGGCCUGUGCCCUGUUUGGCUCCGACCGACACCUGCUGCGCCUCAACCUGGCAGAGUACGGCGACAAGGCCUCGGUCAGCCGCCUGGUGGGCGCGCCGCCGGGGUAUGUGGGCUUCGGGGACGGAGGCCUGCUGACGGAUGCAAUCAGGCGGCGCCCCCACAGCGUGGUGCUGCUGGAGCGGGUGGACCGAGCCCAUCCAGAGGUGCUCAGCCUCAUAGUGCAGGUGCUGGAGAGCGGGCAGCUGCAGGACGGCAUGGGCAAGCGGUGCGACUUCCGCAACGCGCUGCUGUGCCUGCAGCCCGACGCCGGCGGCAGCAGGCUGGGAGCGGCGCCACAGCAGCAGCAGCAGCAGCAGCAGCAGCAGGCGGCGGUGCAUCCCCUGCGCCACCUGCCCUCCGAGCUGCUGUCCCGCCUGGACUGCCAGGUCAGCAUGGCGCCGCUGUCGCCAGCGGACAUGCUGCGGGUGGUGGAGCUCCAGCUGGCAGAGUGCCAGGCGGCGCUGGGGCAGCAGGGCAUCGGCCUGCGCGUCGAGCCGGAUGCGCGGCGCUGGCUGGCGGCCCGCGGCCUGUCGCCCGCGUCGGGGGCGCGGCGCCUGCAGUCGCUGCUGCGGGAGCAGCUGCUGCUGCCUGUGGCGGAGGCGUUGCUG